UUUGUUUUAGUUUCUUUUGAAAAUAGGAAAAUGUUUAAAAUUUUCCUGUUUGUUCUUUACUUGAUGAAGGUUGAUGGGAGCACACAUUGGAUGGUCACUGAGGAUGGAAAAAUACAACAACAGUUGGAAUCCCCAUUUGCGAUGAAACAGCCCCAUGAUCUUGUUGCUUUCAUGAGACAGGAACGUGAUCAUGAUUAUCUUAAGAAAUUCAAGCAACAUUUAUUAAAAGAACAGGAAGAGAUUGAAACAAACGAAGACAAAGAUACCGACCUUGAAAGUCGACACUACAGGACAGAUAGAGAUUGCAGAGCUGCUGGAAAGAAACUGCCAGAGUUUGAUUUGUUCAUUAGUUCUGUUUUACCGCUUGAGAACAAGGAUAUUGAGAUUGAAGAUUACAUUGAUAUUAUACCGGUCACUAAGCUGAAGGAACCUAACUGUUCCGCUGCAUGCAAUCUGCCAUACAGCAUUCAUGCAUAUGAUCAUUUAGAGGGUGUACAGGAUCGUGAUAAAUUGGAGCCACAGAAGAUGCCGGGACUAAAAUCAACUUUAUCUUUCCUUGAAGAUCCCGUGGCGGCUGCAACUGCUAUACACGAGGCAUUGGAAAAGAACUCCACAUCCUGGGUUCUUUACAAUCUUGCAUCCUUUUAUUGGAGAAUGAAGGGAGACCCUGAUGCUGCAAUCGAAUGCAUACGACGUGCCUUGCACUUCUCACCCAACCAUACAAGGGAUGUGGCUCUCGUUAACCUCGCCAAUAUUUUGCACAAAGCGCGAUACACGUUGAAUGCAUCCGUUGUUAUGCUCCAUGCUCUUGAAAUAUCCGAUGAAUUCGCCGUCAACUAUUUCUCCCUUGCCAACAUUUAUGCUGUGCUUGGCGAAUACAAUGAAUCCAUUUAUUAUUACGAGAAAACUUUGGAAAGUCAGUCAGAUUUCGAAGCAGCUAAAUCAAGGCUGGCUGCCGUUCAAUGUCAACUUAAACUGGAGGAAAAACUGGAAGCCCAACAUGAGAGUUUACAACGAACACUGGAGGAGCUACAGAGCUACAAACAGAAACACGAACAGUAUGUUCAGAAACAAAAUCGUUUCAACGCGCUACAGAUACCAGCCAAGGUUCAGAUAGAUUACCAUAUGCAUUAUGAACACCAGAGGAUAAGGGAAGGAACCUUCAACCACAAAUGUCAGGUUCGUAGCAACAAGAGUGGUUCGGUACUUGUAUGCAACUUACCCCCACCCUCCGAUACCCCCUUGCCCCACCUGGACACCCCACAACCCCCAACUUCUGAGGGGGAUAUCAUCAAACUACUGCCGAGGAAGAUAUCUGUGGAUUUUGAGAAUGAGAAUGAGAGACCCAACAACAACAACAAUGAAGAUGAUGAAGGAUAUAAGUUACCUUCGCAAGUGGAAGAAAAAAGGAGGGAAAUUAAACGGACCCAGGACGACGCAGCUCCAUCCGAACAAUCAACCAAACCUCGCUCACCUGUUUAUGAUUGGACGGAUCCAUCAUGGCCACCGAUGAAGUCUUGUGAUGAAUACGUGAACCGAUACCCAGCGUGGGAUGAAUUCCACUCCGCUUACGUUGAUCCUGAGACAAGGGGUAUAAGUGUUCGCGAACUGCUUACUACAUACAUCGGGAUCUCGGAGGGGGAGAUGCACCCGUUACCAUGGAAACCACCUCGCUGUGAUAAACUGGAAACACUGGAAGAAACACAAUUCGAUUCAAUCUCAGGAAUUGCAUCGCGCAACACUGUUCAAAAUAAACAAGACACACAUCUACAAGCUUUUCUGUUGCUCCAUGUAAACAAAGGUAGGGUUUGGCCGGAUGACUUGGGACAACGGAUCAACACGGCCAUGAGGAAAGCUAUCAGGCAACAGGACAACGAUCACUUAUGGGCAUUAUACAACCUUGCUGGAUUAUUCUGGCGUGUAAACGGGGACAACCUUAACGCUAUUGAAUGCCUGAGGAGAUGUAUACGUAGGGUACCUGUGGAACAUUUGGAUAUUCCACUCGUUAGUUUGUCCAAUAUUAUGUACAGAGUUGGCAAACUGAGCGAUGCCGUCAAUUUAUUGAUCUACGCAUUAAGGGUUAAUAACUCGGAGCCUGCCACCUACUUAAGCAUGGGCAACGCACUACAAGCACAAGAUAACAUAACAGGGGCAGUGGAGUUUUAUAAUUACGCCAUGGUCCUCAACCCUCAAUAUAAAGAUGCUUUCCAUUCACUAUUGGUGGUCAAGUGUUCACAUCUGAGGAGUCAAAAGCAAGAAGACAAUGUGAAAAAACUCCUUCAAGACUUGAAUGUUUCACCACUUGAUAGCAAUGAAGAGCCACAAACAGACGAACCACAAGAUGACAGCAAAGAGCAAGACGCUUCGGAUAUUGAAAAUGCAAACGAAGUUGCUGCAGGUCCAACACAAGAUGAACCUUAUUCACAUCAAGCUAAAGAAGCGGGCCAGAUUCUACAGGACCUCGUUGAUCGUAAAUCGGACGCAAAUCAACUUUUAAAAGAUACGACCAAAGCUAUUGAAGAUUUGAAUAAUUCGAAUGGAAAAGAGGCUGAAUUGAAAAUGGAGCACGCGCAUAAGUUGAUGGAGAAACUAUCCAAGAUCCGCAACUCACUUGAUGAAAUGGUUACUAAAGCUGCCCUUGCAUUAAGUGGUGGGGUGGGGCACAGAAAUUGCGAGAAAGACAAAGAUUUGGUCGAUUUUUCGUACAAAGCUGAUGUUCAGUUGAUUGAUGGAGUGGCAUUUCCUGAAGCUGAUUGGUCGAAGCUGGACGAAUCAGAUCGCUCCGAACCAUUGUGUGUUCUAGAUGGUAUGCCUAAGUAUUAUGACCUCACAGACGUACAAUCGAUUCACAAUCCAACUAAUGUUGAUGCAAUAAAGGAAGAAUAUUUCAUCAAGUUGCUAACAACUAUAUCUCACUCCACCACCUUAGAAGAAGUAGCUCGUAAAUUAUCUUACUUACUCCGUACCCAACAACAUACAACAUGGGAAACAACUUUCCUGUCAUCUUAUUAUUGGAGGGUGAAGGGAGACACAAAGCAGGUGAUCACCUGUUUCAUGCAAUCACUCGCUACUUCUGGCCUUGAUUACCACCCAGUGAUUCUCUCUUCAAUGGUUGAUUUUCUUGCGGUUGCCAGCCAACUAAAAGACGCGCUUGUGAUGGUGAGACAUCUAUCGGAGCUUGAUUCAUCACCAGCGAGACAUUACUUGGUGGGGAAUAUAUUUGCUGCAAAUGGCCAGUAUUUGACAGCUGCCGACCAUUAUAUAUCAUCCACUAUGCAUGGUGACUUUAAAAAUGCAAGGAUUAAAAUGAGAGCUGCUGUUUGCAAAGUAAAAGAAUGAGCAAGUUACUUAACUACUGAAUUUUGGAAUAAAAUUCGUAUUUGGUUUCACUUUUCCCCAGAGCUUGAUUUGUUAAACCAGAGUUUUCGGAACUAUAAAGAGCGUUUAAAUUUAUUGCAAUAUCAGUUUAAAUGUCUGGCAACUACCAGAACGUCGUUCCAGUAAACUUUAAGUAUUUAUCGAGCUUCUGGGACAGCAUUGUGGUGAAAUCCAUCUCUCUGUUUCCAUAUACACAUUUGUUUUGGAUAAUUUUUUACUUUUUAUUGUUUAAUUAUGCAAUUUUUAAGCUGAAAUUUAUUUUUAUUAUCCAGAAUGUCUAAUUUUUAAUGCCCUCAAUUAUUUAACUGAUGAAUCUUGGUGUAAUUACGUGAUUAAAACUAUAAAUCUGGGA